UUGGCGGAUCACGUAAAACCUGGCCGUGGCGUCUCUCAGGCUUCUCUCUGUUUGUACUAAACGUGACGAAAUGUUAAAUUACUAACCUUUAUCUUUAGUCAAGCUUUAAAUAUACAUCCAAAUAUCCAGUAUUUUGUUUUCAGUAAUUUUUCUUUUAGUCGAAUAUUGUACAGAAUAUGUGAAUCACAAGUAUAAAAAAUAAGAUCUAGUUCUAGUGUAUGCUGUGUUGUCUAGCAUUCUCGCUUGCUCCGAGUUGUUACUUAUUUACAUCUCUAUACAUGUGAAUAAUUUCUUAUUAAAAUGAGGUACGCUCAAUUAGUAAUGGGUCCAGCCGGUAGUGGUAAGUCCACUUACUGUUCAAUCAUGCAACAACAUGCUGCUGCCUCGAAAAAGACAGUAGAUGUCGUAAAUUUAGAUCCUGCAGCGGAAUAUUUUGAUUAUGAACCUUUAGCAGAUAUACGAGAUUUAAUUCAAUUAGAUGAUGCCAUGGAAGAUGAAGAAUUUAACUUUGGACCCAAUGGUGGACUUGUAUUUUGUAUGGAGUAUUUAGUUGAAAAUGCAACUUGGCUGGCAGAAAAAUUAGGCGAUACAGAUGAUGAUUAUAUAAUAUUUGAUUGUCCAGGACAAAUUGAAUUAUAUACUCACAUGACUGUUAUACGAGAAUUAAUAUCCAUGCUGCAAAAAUUAAAUUUCCGUAUAUGUGGAAUAUUUUUGAUGGAUGUUCAAUUUAUGAUAGAUGCAUCAAAGUUUCUCUCAGGCACCUUAGCUGCUCUUAGUGUAAUGAUAAACCUAGAAAUUCCACAUAUUAAUAUUCUUAGCAAAAUGGAUCUAUUAUCAAAGAGUGCACGAAAAAAACUAGACAAUUAUACAGAUCCUGAUCCUCAUAGUUUAUUAGCAGACACAGAAGGGGAUCCCUGGAAUGAAAGGUAUCGCAGCCUUACAGAAACUUUGGGUAAAGUUAUAGCAGAUUAUAGUCUAGUACGUUUUUUACCAUUAAACAUUAAGGAUGAGGAAAGUAUUACGGACAUUAAAGUAACAAUUGAUAAUACUAUACAAUAUGGUGAAGAUGCAGAUGUUAAAACUAGAGACUUCGAUGAACCAUGUGAAGAUGAUGAUAAUGAAUAAAAUGGAUCAGUCUUAAUAAAAAGAUUAGUUUGUAAGACAUA